GGGGCUGUGCGCUGUGUUCUGAGUGAAGGCUGUGGCAGGGUUCGGGCUGCGCGGAGACAGGGGGUUCGGGUCUUGGGUGGACGCCACCGGCCGGAGCAAGGCGGCCUGAACCUAAGUCCCGGCCAGUCUUCAGGACCCGGCAGCGACCGGUGGAGCCGAGGCCGGGACGCGCGGCCAGGAGGACGGAGGCUGGGACUGAGCGAGUGCCGGGGUCGGGGCGCGCCAGAUGAUGGAUUUGGAUGCCCUUCUAUGAAGCAAUGCCACAUGGUCCAAAAGCAAACAUGUCUGGGCUUCUGCCAUCUUAGGAAUCCAGGUCCUGGAGACAGCUCUCCCUUGGGGAAUCAGCUGAGGUGUGAUCCAGGAACAAGAAGCAUAUCCUCACCAAUGACAUCAUGACAGCAAGAGAGCACAGCCCUCGCCAUGGUGCCAGGGCCCGUGCGAUGCAGCGGGCUUCCACCAUUGACGUGGCAGCUGACAUGGUGGGCCUCUCUCUGGCAGGAAAUAUUCAAGAUCCAGACGAGCCCAUUUUAGAAUUCAGCUUAGCUUGCAGUGAGCUGCACACUCCUUCACUAGAUCGAAAACCAAAUAGUUUUGUGGCUGUGAGCGUCACCACCCCUCCGCAGGCAUUCUGGACGAAGCACGCGCAGACUGAGAUCAUUGAGGGAACCAACAACCCUAUCUUUCUCAGCAGCAUUGCCUUCUUCCAAGACUCCCUUAUCAAUCAGAUGACACAAAUCAAGCUGUCUGUGUAUGAUGUCAAAGAUAGAUCUCAGGGAACAAUGUAUUUAUUGGGCUCUGGAACAUUCGUUGUCAAAGAUCUGCUCCAGGACAGGCAUCACAGAUUGCAUCUGACUCUGAGGUCUGCAGAGAGUGACCGAGUAGGUAACAUAACUGUGAUCGGCUGGCAGAUGGAGGAGAAGUCAGACCAGCAGCCCCCUGUGACCCGGUCUUUGGACACUGUCAAUGGGAGGAUGGUUCUGCCUGUUGAUGAGAGCUUGACUGAGGCACUGGGAAUACGGUCCAAAUAUGCUUCUUUGCGAAAAGACACUUUGCUGAAAUCAGUGUUCGGUGGUGCCAUCUGCCGCAUGUACCGGUUCCCAACCACUGAUGGCAACCACCUACGGAUCCUGGAGCAGAUGGCAGAGAGCGUCCUCUCCCUGCAUGUGCCUCGGCAGUUUGUGAAGCUGCUGCUGGAGGAAGAUGCAGCCAGAGUAUGUGAGCUGGAAGAGUUGGGGGAGCUGUCCCCUUGCUGGGAGAGCCUCCGGCGGCAAAUUGUCACCCAGUAUCAGACAAUCAUCCUCACCUACCAGGAAAAUCUGACUGACCUCCAUCAGUACAAAGGUCCUUCAUUUAAAGCAAGCAGUUUGAAAGCAGAUAAAAAGUUAGAAUUUGUUCCCACAAACCUGCACAUACAACGGAUGAGAGUUCAAGAUGAUGGAGGCUCAGAUCAGAACUAUGACGUUGUCACUAUCGGAGCUCCAGCAGCACAUUGCCAAGGUUUUAAGUCAGGAGGUCUUCGAAAAAAGCUGCACAAGUUUGAAGAGACCAAGAAACACAGUUUUGAGGAGUGUUGUACAUCAUCUAGCUGCCAGUCCAUAAUCUACAUACCACAGGACAUCAUCCGAGCCAAGGAGAUCAUUGCCCAGAUCAACACCCUGAAAACCCAAGUUAGCUACUAUGCAGAACGACUCUCAAGGGCAGCCAAGGACAGGUCUGCCACCGGCCUUGAGAGGACUCUCGCCAUCUUGGCAGACAAGACCCGACAGUUGGUGACUGUCUGUGACUGUAAGCUGCUGGCCAACUCCAUCCAUGGUUUGAACGCAGCACGGCCUGACUACAUCGCUUCCAAGGCCUCCCCUACCUCUACUGAGGAGGAACAGGUGAUGCUCCGGAAUGACCAGGACACCCUCAUGGCCAGGUGGGCAGGGAGGAGCAGCCGAUCUUCCCUGCAGGUGGACUGGCAUGAGGAGGAGUGGGAGAAAGUGUGGCUGAAUGUGGACAAGAGCCUGGAGUGCAUCAUCCAGCGGGUGGACAAGCUGCUGCAGAAGGAGCGUCUUCAUGAGGAGGGCUGUGAGGACGUUUUCCCCUGUUCAGGCACCUGCUCCAGCAAGAAAGGUAACCGGGACAGCCAAGCCUACUGGAUCAGACCGGAGGACCCCUUCUGUGACGCCCCCUCCUCGACAUGCCCCUCCUCCAUGCCCACUGCUGCAUGCCGUCCUCACCCAAGCACACAUUGCAGCCCCCCUCCUGAAGAGUCCAGUCCAGGUGAGUGGAGUGAGGCCCUUUAUCCUCUGCUGACCACCCUCACAGACUGUGUGGCCAUGAUGAGCGACAAAGCCAAGAAGGCCAUGGUCUUCCUGCUCAUGCAGGACAGUGCCCCCACCAUUGCCUCAUACCUGAGCCUGCAGUACCGCCGUGACGUCGUCUUCUGCCAAACCCUGACAGCCCUCAUCUGCGGCUUUAUCAUCAAGCUGAGGAACUGCCUGCACGAUGAUGGCUUCCUGCGGCAGCUCUAUACCAUCGGACUGCUGGCCCAGUUUGAAAGCCUCCUGAGCACCUAUGGAGAGGAGUUGGCCAUGUUGGAGGACAUGAGCCUUGGAAUCAUGGACUUGAGGAACGUGACCUUUAAAGUCACCCAGGCCACUUCGAACACAUCAACUGACAUGCUGCCAGUCAUCACAGGAAACCGUGAUGGCUUUAAUGUGCGAAUCCCCCUGCCAGGACCACUGUUUGACUCCCUGCCCCGAGAGAUCCAGAGUGGCAUGCUGCUGCGGGUGCAGCCAGUCCUCUUCAACGUGGGCAUCAAUGAGCAACAGACUCUGGCUGAGAGGUUUGGAGACACAUCCUUACAAGAAGUCAUCAACAUAGAAAGUUUGGUGCGGUUAAAUUCCUACUUUGAGCAGUUCAAGGAGGUUUUGCCGGAGGACUGUCUACCUCGAUCUCGGAGUCAGACCUGCCUGCCAGAGCUGCUGCGGUUUCUAGGACAGAACGUCCAUGCACGCAAGAAUAAGAAUGUGGACAUCCUCUGGCAAGCUGCUGAGGUCUGUCGCCGCCUUAAUGGGGUCCGAUUCACCAGCUGCAAGAGUGCUAAGGACCGCACAGCCAUGUCAGUGACGCUGGAGCAGUGCCUGAUCCUGCAGCAUGAGCACGGCAUGGCCCCGCAGGUUUUCACACAAGCCCUGGAGUGCAUGCGCAGCAUUGGAACACGGGAGGUAGUCACCCAGAAGAACUUGAGCGGCCUGGUGCCCAUCCGUGACUUAAGGCUAGACCCCAGCCUCCUUUGCUCUAUUCCUUUAUUAGCUCUGAGCCCCAAUUUACUGAUUGUGUGGCUCUUCCUGAGCAUAGCAUACCUGGUGACCAAAUUACGCUGCAAAUAAAUAUUAUUACGAAAAUUAAUUAGUCACAAGACAGACAAAAGUGCCCGAAUAUGUCCAGCCACCGUGUACCAAACUGGACAGAAGGAAGGUGUCAAAGCGAGGUCUGCCAAGAAAUAUCUCAUGCCUUACAGUUUGAUGUUCUGUUCUUCUGAACUGUAAAUACCUGCCAAAUUCUUUGAUCGAGAGGACUUGUUCAUUUUGAUUGUGUAGUGUCUUCAGUGCUUGUAACAUGUUCUUCUGGUGCCUGUGACUGCAUUAUUUAGCUGGCCUGGAAUUACUUGUACCAAAUAUCCGACCUUCUGAUGUAUAACUAUUUAUUACCUGUACAUCUUGUGUGCCCUGCUCCAAGAGAAAGGGAUGCUGUCUGAAAAGAGUUUGUAUAUUUGAUACUAUCCCUCAAGUGUAUCGCUAACCUUCCUUGCCUUUUUAAGAAAUCAACAAGAAAAAGAUGCUUUAUCGGUUUAUCUAGAUACCCCUGUUUAUUAGGACUGGGCUUCCUAUUUUCCUUUCAAAGCGUAGUCCUGAGAUUGCAAUAGCAAACAGUUUGUAGAAUCAUACUUCCUCGCUUCCAGUUAUUCCCACUUGGUGACGGCACAGCUGUGGAUACAGGAGCACAUCCACCAAGUCCAGCACACAGACUUUACAUCUUGCAUGUGACUUCAGGGUUGCUUUUAAUAUACACAGUAGCAAGAGUUACAUACUUUUUCUUGAAAUAAUUUUUUUAAUUUAAAAACUGUAUAUUUUAUUCCAGAUGAAGUAAUAAGGUUAAUAAUGAACAAAAAAAUCAAAGAAAAUGUUUUUAAAAAAUGAAGCUUAAAUUUUGGCAGUUGUGAGAGAGCUGUGAAAAUGGGAGAUAACUGUGGGUUUGCGCGUGUCACUCCUAAUGUUAACAUUGGCACUGCCCGUAAAGUAGGAGGGCUAGUCGCCCUGACACUCCUACAUGGCAGAGAGUAAUUGUUCUUCAUAAAAAUAACCAAGUAACCUAGGGAAGGUUCCACUCACCUUGUGUAAGAAAUUAUGAGUUUCUUCUUCAUCUUCCGGUUCCUAUCAGGUCUGCUUUUGAUUGCCAGUUCGAUGAAGGGGAUUGCUUUUCACGAGUGUGGUGGGAAACCCCGAGUGACUUAGAAAAGCUGGAGUGUCCAGUAUCUUGACAUUGUCACGCCCACAAACCCACCCACCAUAGCUCUAGCCUCUGUGUUUUCUCCGUGAGAUGUCCUGACUAUCCCUGGAGGACUGUCUCCGCUCUGGCUUCCUCUCAGAGAGUGAGGUAGAGGGACAGCAAAGCAGUGAGCAGUGAGCACCGCAGGCGUCUUCCCACAGAAGCAGGUCUAGUUGGCUCUCCUAGUGUCAACAGGGUGACAGCUCUGUGGCAUCUCCCAGUUUAGCGCUUUAGCCAUUGCCAGCCGACAAUCACCAGACAGACCUGUCCAGUCAGUGACUCUUUGAAAGGAAUGUUUGCUAGCUACCCUUUCCCUUCAAAGCAUGUGCUUCAAGCCCUUAAGCUCAUUUUGUUUGCUCCAUUUGAGUAGGGGAAAGAGAGUCCAUAGUCUCCUUCCAUCCCCAUCUCACGGCCUCCAUUCCUUGCUCUAGGUUGAUAAUAGGAGGUGACUCAGGAAUGCACGAUUCCCAGGGUUCAGAGAUCGUAGACAGAUGAGGGCAUCCCUAGAGGUAGCUGCAGAGAUAGCAUCCUCUGUCUCCUAUGGCCCAAGAUGCCCCUAGCUCUUUGCACAGACUCUUCUCAGGACCAUUGUACAGUAAGGGGAAGUAGUGGCUGGUUAGAGAAAUCCCCUCCCUACACACCCAGGCAGGGAGGAGAACUGUUAGAACAUUAUGGCCUGGUUUGGUACCAGCCUCCCUCCUGUCCUAUAAAGCCUUUGCUGUUGGUUGGGUCAGGAAGGUUCCUUGUUUCCCUCUUCCAGGGUGAGUGGACUGCAGUACACCUGCAGGCACAAAAGGCUGGCUCUGGGAGUCAACCCACGGGGGAUUUGAGAUUUACAUUUGCUUUUUUCUUCUAUUGGGGAUGUGGGGAGACCAACCUUCAGUAUGCUUAUCCUUUAUACUGGAUUUGAAUGUCUUUAAGGCCUUUUGCUUUGCUCAUGAAGUCAAGCCAAACGUGCAUUCAGAAUCCUGUCUACAGCAAGAAAUGAGGAGAAAAGAGUAAGGCCAUAACUUGAGCUAGGCCGCUGUCAGUGUUGGGCAGCAGUGUCUGGGCUCCCUCUGAGUGAUCCUGAGCUGUGGCAUAGAGACUGCUCAGUCUGCAUCUUCUGCAGCAGCCACUUCUGAAGUAGAGAACCAUUGUCAGGAAUUCUUGCUGAGUGGCCUUACAGAAUGGCUGUGCACGUUCUACAAGCUAGGCUGGCGGCCACUGCUUCCUCCUGUACUCCCCAGACAGAGGUGCUAGAACAGGGGCAUGGUCCUUCCACAAAGCCACUCCCCGAGUCUGCUGUGGCAUGGCCUAGACAGGGGCCCUCAGAUGAAUUAUAAAGUGGAAGAGAUCUUAGGAUUGUCCUUUUAGAGUUUCCAAACUUCCAAAGUUGACAUCCGUAAUAUGAAGCAAAGCUCAAGAUAAUAAAAAAAGAACCAGGAGGUGUACAAUAACUAAAUCUCUCUUGUUAAAAUCGGUCCCAAACUUCGUCAUGUGCUGCUGCCUCCUAGAGACAGACACUGCUGCAUUGUGGUCAAUGAAGUGUUGUGCUUCAGGCUGUCAUGCUGGACUCUGCAGCAGGACACACUUCCCCCCCUGCAGACCUUGUCCCAAGCCUUCAAGCCAGAGCAGACACAUGCAGACCAUGCUAACAGUGGCAGCAUGCUGAGCAGGCAUAUCAGCCUGGAUAGAAACAUGUAGAAGAAACAGUUUGAUUUUAAAACCAGGUCACCUAAAUCCAGUAUUAGUUCCUUUCACAGGUAAAGACAGGGACUGUCAACGUUUUAAGUUCUUCUUUGGCGUUUACAGGCUAGGUGGGUUUGAGAACCUUCUGUAAAUGCUGUAAAUGGAGAAGCCAUAUGUGAAGUAGUCUGUCAGUAAAGGGGCCUCCAAAGACCACAGCAGGUUCACUGUGCACAGGAACCUAUAGCUUCUUAGCUUCUGCUUUAAAUAGAUUUCUAUUUUUAUCUGAUUACUGAAUGUUCAGCAGAUGCUGUCUGUCAUUUGCUCUGGGUGACCCAGGGUUUGGUUCAGGUGACAUAUCCAGCCUAAGGCUUGAGGCACAAGUGGCGGUGUCAGUCAACAGCAAGCGGGCGGAUGCUUCUCCAGACCACCUGGGCUUAUCUCUUUUGAAUAAAUAUGACUGUCUCACCAAAACCUACUUGACAUGUUCUUAAUAAGGGGACUGUCACUUUCAUUUUGAAAGGCUUGAGAUGCUAUUUUUUAAAUGUGUGUCCUGUGUUCUUCAUAGAAUUUGAAAGACUUUUUUAAAAUCACUAUUUUCUUGGUAACUGCAAGUUUUACAUCUCAGAAGGGGGAUUUUUUUUACUGAACUUGACCACUACUUGAUUUUAUUGCUACUCUUUAAAUAUUAUAAAGAUAGCAAGUUUUACUGUAUCGUGGAAAGGAGUUUAUAUUAAGAAUCAUUUUUGGCUGUUAAUUUACGCCAUUCCAGAGCAUUGCUUAGAGAAUCCCUUGAGGUUCGCUCUGAGGCCCUGACUCUUUAUCCUCUGGGCACCAUUUGUCUUGCCCCUGGGUUGCAAGGACAUCCCUCCAUCAGUGUGGCUGGGAUUCGAACUAGUAGUGAAUUCUGUAAGGGAAGAGCUCCUGUGGGCUCACACUGGGCUCAGUAGUGCCUGUACAAGAAGUGGCCGCAAUGAAAGCAGCCCACUUAGAGAAGGUGGUCAGUGACCACCAGGAGAGAAAUGGAGACUUCACAGCCGUCAGCCUGGUAGCCGUGAGGACGUGUUCUGCAGCCAGCGCAUGGGCCUGCACGGGCGGGCACUUUGUACUCGCACAGCUGCCCCUGGGGGAGACAGAUAGCAGAGCAGCCUCCUCUGCCAGAUGUUUUUUACUACCUGUUGAACUCUGCAAGGAAAAUCGGCAUUUGGGGUUUGAUGUGUGACAGAUUUUGCUACCAUACAAAAGGUACCGUGUUCCAGAAGCUAUGGUAAGAGUAAAAUAUCCCUAUUCAUCCAGUUUGCUGUCCAAAAACCUGCGAACCACAAGUUAUGAUAGAACCCCAGAUAACCAAACUUAAGAUACACACAAAAUCAUGUAUUUUAAAAUAAUUGUGUUUGCUUGGACACAACACCGCUCUGGACCUGCCAGCCCAUGGCCGCAUCCAGCAUGUACCCAUCUCUGUGCUUUGCCCUGCUUUGUCCAGAACCAUCUGUGUGUGCAUCUGUUGUGAAGCAGUCUAGCACCCAUUGAGUUAAUCUUUUUUUUUAAUGCUAUGAAAAUAAUAAGUUCAUUUCAUCUUAGUUUAAGUCUUUUAUUUUUUCCUUUUUUACUGCUGUCAUUUCUUGUGCUUGUUUUU